AUGUUCUCAGAGAAGCAGACUACUGUGGUGCAAUCCAUAUCGGAAGAUGCCAUUGAAGAAGCCGAGCUGUCCUUCCAGUUCACCAAAGAGGAACAUGCCCUCAGUUGGUGGGAUGCCAUGCGCCUGCAUUACCCAGCCAUUGGCUGGGGACUUUUCAUGAAUUUGGCGACUAUAUUGAAAGGCAUCGACGGGGGCAUCGUGCGCAGUAUAGUGGGUCUUCCCGUCUUCAAAGAGACAUACGGCUACAACCACAACGGCAACAACAUCAUCGCCGCAGAGUGGCUAUCAGCCUUCAAUUACGCCAACAAUAUAGGCGCCAUUAUUGGCGCCCUCUGUUCCGGCAUUGCAUAUGAUCGCUUUGGGCCCCGGUGGAUGACCGCCGGCUGCUGUGUCAUGUCCAUCGCAUUCAUUUUCAUCCAAUUCUUUAGUCAUACGCCGGCUCAGCUAUUUGCCGGUCAACUGAUCAACGGGUGCAUUAUUGCAUUUUACCCAAUCUGUGCCUCGGCCUACGUCGGUGAAGUUACCCCACUAGUGCUGCGCGGGUUCGCAGCCACCAUGACCAACCUCGCCUUCUCGAUCGGUUCUUUAAUUGCCUCGGGUAUUCUCAAAGGAACGGAGGCCAUGGACAGUCAAUGGUCCUACAAGAUUCCCAUAGCGGCUCAAUGGGCUCUUCCGUGCAUUAUGUUGCUUCUAGUAGCCUUCUGUCCCGAUCCGCCCUACUGGUUGUGCCGAAAGGGCCGCCAGGAAGACGCGAUGGCGUCUUUGCGCCGUCUUGCAACCCCUUGUGUCGAUGUAACAAAAAAAUUGGCGCAUAUUCGGGAAACCUUGCGUCUAGAGAAAAACUAUGAUGGAGAAAGGCCUACUUAUCUCGACUGCUUUCGGGGGACCAACUUCCGCCGUUUGGUAAUCUGCGUAAUGGCAUACGACAUGCAGGCAUUUACCGGAAACGUGUUUUUCCUCAGCUAUGCAGUGCACUUCAUGGAGCUAGCCGGAUUGGAUGCUUCGAAUGCUUUUUCGAUGAAUAUCGGUUUGACGGCGCUGGGUCUGCUAGGGACAUGCAUAUCCUGGUUUCUGCUUUCCUAUGUCGGCCGAAGAACCAUGUAUCUCUUUGGCUGUUCCGUGCUGGCCAUUGUACUGUUCAUCAUUGGCAUUGUCGACCUCGUCCCGCGGCAGACAUCCACCACAUGGGCGCAAUGUGGUUUGAUGUUAGUAUGCACCUUCGUGUACGACCUUAGUCUGGGCCCGUUUUGCUAUGUGCUACUCGCAGAAGUAUCCUCAGCAAAGCUCCGCGGGCUCACUAUUGCGCUGUCCACCGUGACAUGUUUUGUCUGGUCGGUCGUCUUUGCGGUUGUCAUUCCGUAUGCUAUGAACGAAGACCAAGGAAAUUGGCGUGGCAAGAUUGGUUUCCUGUUCUCAGGGCUUAGCGUGCUCUGUACUCUCUAUUGUUUCUUUUGUUUGCCGGAAACCAAGGGCCGUACGUUUGAGGAGCUGGAUAUUCUGUUUGAACGGCAGGAAGCAUCCAAGUUUGCCCUCGAAUGGCGCAGGCAGUUUUUCCUGGAAAUGAACAAACGCUUUUUGCAAGGCCUUCAUCUAGAAGAUAUCGACGAGACACUUGCCCGCACGCUCGAAGUAACCCUUGACCAGCCUCCCGAGCACCGACCCCGCAUUGAGGCCGAAACCAAAAAGAAAUUAGUCCAAGCAUGGCACUCCCAGCCUGCAUGGCCAGAGGUUUCAAAGGCAAUCAGAAGCCUCCGACAAGAUCUCAAUCUAGAGGCUUUCGUUCUUGCGAACGGAACUACCCGUCUUCAGCUUGAUCUGACGCGGUCUUCAGGGUUAGAUUUCAAUAUGCUUUUCUCUAGUCAGUUGCUGGGAUUUUACAAACCCAGCCCAGAAGCAUAUGAAAAGGCUUUACAACUUGUGAAGCUCAAGCCGGAGGAGGUGGUGUUGGUUGCGGCUCAUGCGUAUGACUUGCGUGGUGCUCAGAAGUGCGGUUUGAGGACGAUUUAUGUUCAUCGGUGGACUGAUGAUAUUGAUGAGGAUAUGGAGAAGGUGAAAACUGAGUUUGAUGUAUUUUUGGAGAAUAUGGAUGAUCUUCCUGGUGUCAUUGAGCGGAUGUGA